AUGCCAGCACUGGUCGCAGCUAGCCCCGCUUCUCAUGUCCCUUCGCGUCCAGAGGCGGAGCGUGAGCAGCUCGAGGCAAGGCAAACAAUUGCACGGUGGAUCGCUGACGGAGUCAGCGCUUCUCCACCUGCCUACGUGCGAUAUCUUGCCAAUGCAAUAGCGAGGGCCACGCGCCUUCUUUGUGAGGCAGGAAGCAGUGAAGGAUCAUCGGCCGCAGUAGCAUCAUCAGUCAGUCUUUGUCCUGCGCAAGCUCACUACCCCCUCGCUGUCGAUGAAAACUUCCAAAAGGAUAAGAAAGAGAUCGAACUACGCGUCUCCGAAAUCGAGUCGGAACCCCUGGCUUCUUCGAGAACACGCGAUAUGGGAUGGCACCGCCUGAGUGGUUGUGAGCGUGACAAGGCUUCCGUGCAGGUCGGUCAGAAAGUUCCGAUUUGCAGUUUGGCCGAAGCGACGAACCAGCAAGAUCGCCACGGAUGCCAGAGUGUGAAGAUUGUUAAGCGGCACGAACAGAGGGAACGCCUCCGCCAUACGAAUUUGGCUGGCAAUAACUGCGUUUCCCGUCGGGCGGCUGUGCCAGAGCAGAAGAUUUCUGCCAGCGUGAAGAUCAGUAUUGCGCAUGGGGACCCAGAAGAAAAGCGGACGACUCGUCUGGGUCCUAAACGUGCACCGUCACCUCAAAGCAAUCCUCCAGUUUCGCGCCACAGUACUGAAGCACGCGAACAUCAAGGCGGACUUGGACUGAGCCUUUUAGGAGAAGCAGUAAGCUACGCAUUCUGUGAAGCCACGCCGACAGAGGAACUUGAACAAUUGUGUAGCGCUGUGUGUGACUUGGUGCCAAUCGUGUUGACACAUGUCAUAAAAAUUGAGCUUCAGCAGCAAGAGCACCAAGGCAAAGCCGGAUCACACGGAACAGCCUCCCGGAUGCUUGCAUCGAAUUCUGCGAGCGGUCACUCGGACUGGAAGGCCAGCAUGCUGGGAGAUCUGGACGAUGCGAGCGGCGUUGAUGCCAGAUUUCCAGACCGUCCGACAGUGAAACACGAAACAAAGUCCGCUUGA